AGACUUCUCUUCUUAUUUAUCACAUUCCACUUCUCUGCCCACUUCCUUUACUUACGGGAUAGACAUUCGAUUCCUUUUCUACGGUGAAAGACUUUGUAGACUUUAUCUUUCCACACUUCCCGUUAGAUUCUACAUCAAUUCAAACAGCUCAUAAUGGACAUCGCCUACAAUCAACAUUCUCCUCACCAUCGACGUCAGAGCCGCUCCUUUUCCAAUCUCACAAAUUUAACCAUGGCACCUCUAACCUCUAAGCUCCCUCCCUCAAACGAUGAUUAUUUUCCCGACCAUACAUCAUACAUUGACAACCGCUCUCUUCCUACCACGCCCUCUAUCCUCUCACGCUCAUCCUCUCGUGUUUCCAUCCGCAAACCCACCCCAAUGAAUCUCUCAAUCCCUAAAUCAAAAUCCAGCAUCCACCUCACCGCUGCCCCUCGCACACCCCGUACACCUGGUCCCCGCUCCGGCACAACUACACCUUCACGCCAUUCUCAUUUAAGAAAUACUAUUGCCCUAGAUAAUUUACAAAUCAGCACAUUCAGCGAAAACGAUCGCAAUGAUUCCGAUUGGCUUUUGCGAGCCGGCGCCAUGAUAGCAUCCUCCACUCGUGAAUCAAAGGGACAAGCCUGGCUCGUCUCGCGCGCCAGCUCAACAAGUUUACAGAUCGAUGCGGAUGACGAUGCAUUUGAGCGUGAACUGGCUCGAGAAAGAGAUUACAGUAGCAGGAGAGGAAGCAGACGAGGAAGUUUCGAUGCAGACGACGAAUUCUCACCACUUACAACGAGACGAAGUCUAAGUUUUGGGCCUGCAGCAGGAGCAUACAGUAGAUCAGUGAGUAGAUAUGGCAGUCGCGCAAACAGUAGGAUGGGAAGUCGUGCGAAUAGUAGAAGAGGGAGCAGGGCUGCGUUGAUUACACCAAUGACAGCAGAUAAAGACGGAGGAUACUUCGAUUCAGAAUUUGCGCAUGAAGAAUAUCCUGCGGAACCAGACUUUGUAGAUGUAGAAGAAGAAAGUUUUGACGAGGGUGAUGAGGCAAGGAAAGACGAAGCAAUAGUUAAGAAAUUGGCUAGAGCAAGUAGAUUGGGGCUUGGAGGAUGGGUCGAAAACUUGCUAGGUUGGAGUUUAUUUGCUGUCGAAGAAGAUGGAGAAGAAGCCGAUUUUGAUACGUCAGACGAAAAAGGGGAAGAAUCAUCAUUAUCAUCACGACCAUCACGACAAACUCUUGCUGGAAUGGACGAUACACCAGUGGCAGAACAAAUGCCACCACUCAAUCCAAACGAAGCAGAUGGAUGGCACGACGCUGCCUGGCUUUUGAGCGUCGCAAGUAAAGUAUUGCUUGACAGUUGAACUCACAGUUCAGUGGAAUUUUUGCCUGAUGAUGAAUAUUGUCUUUCUGACAUCCAUUGUUAUAUUCUUGCGCCAAUUUCGCGCCUCUCUUCCGUCGUAUAGUACAGCUUCCAUUUAUGGGCUUUAAUAAAAACACUGCGGCAUGUUCCACAUAUGAAAUCAAUACAGUCCAAAUAUCAAUGUGGUCGUGAAGUUGUAUAUACCACCCAAAAUCACAAAAGCGCCAAUUUCAUUCCUGCCGCCCAAUACUCGAUCAAUUUCUUCCCAUUACAUACCCUGCAGAAGCAUUCUUAAACGGUCAUGUCAUUAGACUGUUAAAUCAAUGAUUUCAUCUUCCGCAGUAAAGAUGUGGCGUCUCUUAACGGGACGUUCAAGCACGAUUUCAAUAUCUUCAUCCUGAUCGACCGCAAGCUCGCGCUUCAGAUUCUCCUCGGGUUUAGCC